AUGGCAUCGUCUCCAUCCUCCUCCGGGGCCACUGACGUGCCUGUGGACAGGAGCACAGUAAGCAACAGUACUAGUAGCGUUUCAAGUGUCGCUGCCACGCAGCCCCAGCGCCGAUCAUCGCGUCGUUCGAAUGCUGGAAAUCGUCGUCAAAGUUGGAUGGAUGUGGCCUUUGCAUCGCCUCCUUGGGGCAGUCACUACAAGGAUAUUGGUCACUGUCGCUUUGCCAAGUGCACCAAACGGAUUCAGAAUGCUACUGACACCGAAAUUGCCAAUCUGCCAAAGUCACAUUUGGCAGAUGCCAUUUCUGCCAGUACAGCUUACACGCCAAAGGGGAAGCAUGAACGACUCUUGAUGGACUACACCAGGGCGCUUCUGCAAAGGAACAUUGAUCCCAAUGAUCUCAAUCGCUGGCAACGAUCUGCUGUAUCUUGUGCUGCCUAUCAUGGAUAUCCAAAGCUACUCAAGCUCCUCAUAGUGGAUGCUAACUGUUCUGUCACUCUCGGGACUCCUCAUGCUCUGAUUGCAGCUGUCGAAAAUGGUCAACAUGAAUGCAUGACAAUCCUGCUGGAGCACAGAAAGGAAGAACUUCUCACAAUUCUGAACAAGGAAGAAAACGAUGGUGCCAGCGACAAAAUGAUUCGAGGCAAGCAUCCGGAGAGCGCCCUGGAAAAGACUGUGGCACGACGGGAUGUCACUUCGGUUCAAAUUCUGAGGGAUCAGGGGAACACCCGCAUGUCGGAUUCUUGCUACUGGUACCACAGACAAAAGGUUCUGCCAAGUCUGCUACAAGCCAUGUAUGAUGGACACGAUGAGAAUAUUUUGGCUUGGAGCAAGUGUCUUCAUUGGAGUUUUCCAACCACCGACAGAAGAAUGAUCAACUACAUCUGGCAUUUGAUUGCACCCAACAGUGACUUUCCCAAGGAAGUGUGGCUCAACAUUUUGAGUUUCAUGGGACGAGGAUGGUGGAUGGAUGCAUCCUCCUCUGCACGCCGAUCCAUUUCAGAUGUCAGAGAGUGGAAUGUCAUUGACAGCACGAACUAG